AGGAGGGCAGCCAAGUAUCCUGAUGCCUAAUCCGGCAUCAAGAUGGAAGGGGAAAGCCUAAGAAGGGUCGAGAGUCUUUGAGGGUUCAUUCAUCUACUGAAGAGCAGGAGUAGGCUACAAGGAGAGUACGGACCAGAAAUAGCUCUGGUAAGUCACGUGGGGCGCGUCGGUGAGUCAGCAUUACUCACGCUAAUAAUACUCGAUUGCCCACUGACAUAUGCGACGCGCGUCUCCUUCUGGUUUUCUACUUCUUCUCUCAUGGCGGAUACAUAUGUGCAAUCUUUCUCUCACCUCAAAGGUCGGCCAAAAGAGCAGCAAGCUCUUGAAAUGCUCAAGAAGAUCGCGUCUCUGGUCAAGCCUAUUAUGCGCAAGCACAAUUGGGUCCUUCCUGUGCUGUGCGAGUUCUUCCCAGCACAAUCCAAUUUGCUCGAAGAUCCUCGUACGUCUACGACCAGCGCAUUCCCCGACACGUUUAUGGAGCUUGAAGAGGUAGUCGGGACCAUGCUGCACGAGCUAACACACAACGUGCACGGCCCCCACGACGACAAGUUCUACAAAUUCCUCUCCGGCCUUCAGGACGAGUACGACGCGUUGCAGCGGUCAGGGUACGCCGGAGAGGGCUUCUACAGCAAGGGGAACAGGCUCGGGGCGAACGUGUCGCACGACUUGCCUCCCCACCUUGCCCGCACCAAGGCUCUGGAAGCCGCCGAGAAAAGACGCAAGGUCACUGCCGUCUUGGGUAGUGGAGGGAGACUGGGCGGUGGUGGAUCGAACUCCAGAUUGUCUCCCCGAGAGCAGGCAGCGCGCGCCGCGGAACGUCGGGCUCGGGACGAGAAAGCCUGUGGCGUCGGUGAAUUAGCGCUGCAAGAGGCCGACAAAGCGGCAAAGGAGAGUGUCGUGCACGAGGUGAUCGAUCUGACCGGGGACUCGGACGACGUUCAGAUCGUGGAGAAGCCACGCAGCGCUAUGUCGGGGAAAUCAGCGGCUGCUCGGCCGCGCCCGAGGAUUCCUAUCCAACCUGUUCCUCCACAAGAAUGGACAUGCUUGGUCUGCACGCUGAUCAACGCAGCGGCGAGCACGCGCUGCGAGGUCUGUGCGACGCAGCGACCACAAGACAAGUCGACCGUGUGGUCUUGUUUGACGUGCGGCGCGACUGAUAUGCCCCACGAGUUUUGGUCUUGCAGACUGUGUGGUUCCAUCAAAACAACCUCUUGA